UAUAACUACUCGCUGAUAAGUUUCUUGAAAUUAAUUUCAUUAAGAAGGCGACUUCAUUAUUGUUGAAACUGGGAUGGGUGCAGCAAAAAGUAACAAUAAAGGUGGCAAUGGAGUGCGAGAGUUCCAGGAACAAGGCGUUGAAAAUAGCUUCUAUGAUAAAAGGUGUGACUUCGGUGGCGAUAGAAGGGGACAGCAAAGAUAAAGUGGUGGUGACCGGGGAAGAUGUGGACACGGUUUGCUUGGGCAGGAUGCUGAGGAAGAAGUUCCGGUGUGUGACGGUGCUGACGGUGGAAGAGGUGAAGCCCAAAAAGGAGGACGACAAGGACAAGCCCAAAUGUUGUACAUUGUGUGUGGUGCCGCUUCAUCCCUGCGUGAGGUGCCACAGCCCCAAGUGCGACGGUGGGUGCAAGCCGUGCUGCAAGUGCCAGAGCCCCAGGUGCGACGGUGGGUGCAAGCCGUGCUGCAAGUGCCAGAGCCCCAGGUGCGACGGUGGGUGCAAGCCCUGCUGCAAGUGCCAGAGCCACAGGUGCGACGGUGGGUGCAAGCCCUGCUGCAAGUGCCAGAGCCACAGGUGAGACGGCGGGUGCAAGCCCUGCUGCAAAUGCGACAGCCACAAGUGCGACGGUAAGUGCAAGCCGUGCUGCAAGUGCGAGAGCCACGAAUGCGACGGUGAGUGCAAGCCGUGCCCGGGAUGCCGCAGCUACCGAUGCCUUGGUCAGUGCGUUUCGGUGAUCUGCUACGGCCACUACCCUCCUUGGGUCUCAUGUCCCACUUGCUGCGCUAAGCCUCCCUCUUCCAAUUGUUACAACGUCGUUUAUGAUCCUCCCCCGUCUGAUUCUUGCUCCAUCCAGUGACUCCACCGUUAACCUUUUUUCAUUCCAAUUCUCACUCUUCCCACACAUUCAGAAACCACUUCUGUUCCUUUCACUUUCCUGUACUUGCAUGUAUGCUUCUUUCUGGC